AUGUUGUCUACAGGGGAUCUGCAGAACUAUCUACGUAAACUACAAACAGAGUUACGCUUGAUUAAAUUUCGUGAUGUUGAUUAUAAAUCACUUCAAGCAGGCAAUCCAUGUGAAUUAUUAAAAAUUUAUCAUUAUGUUUUUCUUGAUUUUAAUCCAUUGUUUGCUAAAAAUCUACUUGACAAAUGUAACUGCGAUUUCUAUGGCAAAACUGACAGUCAUUUUAUUGAUACGAUGUAUAAAGCAUUACGCGAUCAUUUCAGUUAUAAACCACCUGUAACCAAAGAACAAUUUUUCAUAACAGGUUUUGCCGAAAGAAAAUUACAAAUGGCAUGUGACGUGAUUGCACUUGUCAGACAACAAUGUAAAGAAAUUAAUUUAAUUCAACAGCAACAACAACAAAAAAGAUCUGGAGCUAGUUCAGCCCGUUUAACUAAUGGUGAUAGAGAAAAGAAACGAAUAUCAUCUAGCACACAAUCACCAUUGGGUGCAAAUGUAUUUCAUCCAUUACGUGACAUGGGUUUGGAAACGAGUAAAAAAAUCGACCAUGAUAUUGAUGAAUUUGCAUCAAUUCAAAAAUAUCAUGAAAAUCAUCAUUUAACAAUGCCAAAGCAACAACAUAUUGAAAAUUGGUUAGAUGGAUCAGAGUUCGAAUCAUCUACACAUCCUCAAAAGCAGCCUCAAUUGAAUGAACCUAUACCAGUAUCAAUAAUAAGUCGUUUAGAAGAACAAAUUCAAAUGUUAAAAGUUAAAGUUGAAGAUAUUAAUGCACGACUCGAAAAUGUAACUUCAAUUCUACAAGAAACUCAUUCAGGAAAUAAUCUCUCAUCAUCAGCAGAUAUCUCAAAUUUUAAUGCACGUCUUGUUAUUGUUGAAAAUGAAUUAUCUAUGUUACGACGAAAAACACCUCAAAAUAAUGAAAAUCGUGUCAAUGUCAUCGAACCACGACAAAAACAAACAUUCGUACCUCAAGGUAUUCUUGUUGACUCUGAUGAAGAUGAAAAUAUAGUUAAAAGUUAUGCUGUCGAAGAGUCAACUGAAGAUUUUGAUAUUGUUGAAAGAGCUCGAUCAUUACUUGAAAAUGCUGAUCAAUGUAAUCGUGAUCUAUUGAAAAAAAUACAAACAAAAUCAUAG